AUGAGUUGGACACAUGUUAGAUUUAGGAAUCAAUUGAUAUCUAAAGCAGAAGAACUUGAUAAAAUCAUAAUAACUUUUGUAUCUGAAGUUUAUACAAAUUUGACUGUGUCGGAUAGUAAACCCGAAGUUACUUCGGUUCGAACAACUCCAAAUUUAUUUGCUAAACUAUCUUCGAGCAAGUUGGAGUCUUCGAGACCGGUUAGAACGGUUAGACCGGUAUCAAAUGUUCAAAUAACGAAACAACGAAAGGGGCCGACUUCAAUGAGACUUCCCGAUGUAGGAAAUACCACGAGGACACCUUUUGCCAAUUUCUCGCAGUUUGUAGACCCUUCAGGAAAACUUAAUUUUAGUGGGAAGGCUGUAUUACACGCUCAAGGAGUGGAUUUCAGCAAUGGUACAAGUUAUAAAAUAAACAUGAACGAUUUAAGAUUAGAGGGAGAACUAGGUAAAGGACAAUUUGGGACAGUACAAAAGGUGUUCCAUAAACCUACUAACGUAAUAAUGGCAAUGAAAGUGAAGGCAAAAUUGAAUCAAAUAUUGAUGGAGCUGGAUAUUCUUCAUCAAUCUAAAAGUGAAUUCAUUGUUGAAUUUUACGGUGCAUUCUUCACUGAAUCUUGUGUAUAUUAUUGUAUGGAAUAUAUGGAUGCCGGGUCAUUAGAUAAAUUAUAUAAUAAAGGAGUACCUGAAGAUGUUCUUGCAAUAAUUAUAAUUGCA